AUGACGUCAGGUGUCAUCUAUACCACAGACACUCUGGACCGCGAGACCAAGGACUCCUAUUGGCUGACCGUGUACGCUGCAGACCACGGGGUGGUGCCCCAAUUCGCCAUCAUGGAGGUGUACAUCCAGGUAGAGGACGUCAACGACAACGCCCCCCUGACCUCUGACCCUGUCUACCACCCCGUCGUCAUGGAGAACUCUCCCAAGGACCUGUCGGUUAUUCAGAUCCAAGCCCAGGACCCGGACGCCACUGGGGGAGCAGAGAGACUGAGCUACAGGAUAGCUAGUGGGAACCCACAGAACUUCUUCACCAUCAAUACCAGGACCGGUGUCAUCACUACCACGUCCAGGAAACUGGACAGGGAGCAACAGGCUGAGCAUGUUUUAGAGGUCACAGUGUCGGAUGGCGGUCCCAGCCCCAAACACUCCACAUUGUGGGUGAUCGUCCACGUGCUUGAUGAGAAUGACAACAAGCCCACGUUCCCAGAGAAGGUGUACCAGAUCAAGUUACCAGAGAGGGACAGGAGGAAGAGAGGAGAGUCUAUCUACAGGGCCUUUGCCUACGACAGGGAUGAAGGGGUUAACGCUGACCUCUCCUACAGCAUCGUCGACGGCAACGAGGACGGCAAGUUCUUCAUCGACCCCAAGACGGCGGUGGUGUCGUCACGGAAGCAGUUCACUGCCGGGAGCUACGACAUCCUCACUAUCAAAGCCACAGAUAAUGGCCGCCCCCAGAAGUGGUCGACGGCCCGCCUACACAUCGAGUGGAUCCGUAAGCCCUCGGCCUCAGUAGCCCCCCUGCUGUUCGACGAGCAGUACUACAACUUCACCGUCAUGGAGAGUGACAAGGUGGCCGAGAUAGUGGGUGUGGUCUCCAUGCAACAGAGCUCCAACCCCCUCUGGUUUGACAUCACAGGUGGUAACACUGACAGCUUGUUUGAUAUAGAAAAGGGUGUGGGCACCAUCAUCAUCGCUAAGCCACUAGACGCUGAGCAGCGCUCCUUCUACAACAUGACUGUGGAGGUGACGGACGGCACCAACUCUGCAGCCACACAGGUCCACAUCACAGUGUUGGACAACAACGACAACGCACCUGUCUUCUCCCAACCCACCUAUGACAUGACCAUCUCUGAGGACACACCCCCGGAGACGGAGGUGGUCCAGGUGUUAGCGUCGGACCGGGACGAGCACCACCGCCUCACCUACUCCCUCCACAGCGCCAUCGACCCCUCCAGCCUGCGUCUGUUUCGUAUAGACCCCAUCAUUGGCACGGUGUAUACUACAGAGAGACUGGACCACGAGGCUAGAGCACAACACAUCCUCACUGUCAUGGUAAAAGACCAGGAGUUUCCAUACAGGAGGAACCUGGCCAGAGUGUUGGUGGAUGUGGAGGAUGUUAAUGACCAUGUCCCAGUGUUCACCAGCGCUCUGUACGAGGGUUCGGUCUAUGAGUCUGCAGCAGUGGGCUCUGCUGUGCUCCAGGUGACUGCCCUGGACAAGGACAAAGGAGAGAAUGCAGAACUCCUCUAUACCAUGGAAUCAGGCAACACAGGGAACACAUUCUGGAUUGAGCCGGUUCUGGGGAUCAUCUCUGUGGCGCGCGAGCUUGACCUCUCCACUAUCGGCCAUUACAUCAUCACCGUCAGAGUUACCGACAAUGGCUCCCCUCCACUCUCUGCCAACUCUGUGGUUCGCAUCGCCAUCACGCUGUCCGACAACGCCGGACCCAAGUUCUCCCAGACCGAAUACCAGGCCGAGGUCACAGAGAACGUUGCCGUGGGAACCUCUGUCACCACGGUGAGCGCCAUGAGCCAAUCCACGCUGACCUACGACAUCCGACACGGCAACAGCGAACGCACCUUCAGGAUCAACCAGUACAGCGGCGUGAUCACAACUCAGAAACCCCUUGACUAUGAGACCACAGCAUCUUAUAACCUGAUCGUCCAGGCCACCAACAUGGCUGGCAUGGCCUCUAAUGCCACCCUUCUCAUACGGGUGGUGGAUGAAAACGACAACCCACCUGUGUUCCAGCUGCUGUGCUACCAGGGUAGUAUCAGCGAGGCGGCGCCCAUCAACAGUGUGGUCCUGAACCCAGACAACACUCCUUUGGUCAUCAAGGCCACUGAUGCUGACCGCAACCAGAACGCUCUCCUGGUCUAUCAGAUCGUUGAGGACACAGCCAAGAUGUUCUUUAAAGUGGAUUCUGGCACCGGCUCCAUCAGGACUAUCGCCAACCUGGACCACGAGACGUUUGCUAGUUUUACCUUUCAUGUUCACGUGAGGGACAGUGGGAGGCCUCAGCUGACAGCGGAUAGCCCCACUGAGGUCACCAUCCAGGUAAUCGACACAAACGAUUCUCCACCUGUCUUCACCCAGAACGCCUACGAAACUGUCCUGCUGCUGCCCACCUAUGUAGGAGUAGAGGCAUUACAGGUCUCAGCCACAGACCCAGACCAAAACGUCCCCACAGAACUCACCUACUCACUGACAGACGGAAACCUGGAGCACUUUGCCAUCCAGCUCUCCAGCGGCAUCAUCAUCGUCAAGAACAACAACUUCUCCAAGGAACGGUUCCGCUUCAACGUCAAAGUGUCUGAUGGAAAGUUCUCCAGCACCACUCUAGUCACUGUUCUCGUCCGUGAGACGCUGGACUCUGGCCUCUUCUUUGCCCACAGCCUCUACUCCUCGUCCAUCCAGGAGAACAAUACCAACAUCACCAAAGUGGCCGUGGUCAACGCAGUGGGGAAUCGCCUCAACGAGCCCCUCAAGUACACCCUACUGAAUCCAGGGACACGCUUCCGGAUCCGACCCACCUCGGGCGUAAUCCAGACCACUGGGAUUCCCUUCGACCGUGAGGAACAGGAGUUCUAUGAGCUGGUGGUGGAGGCUGGGAGGGAGCAUGACCGUCUGCGUGUUGCCAGGGUGAUUGUCAGGGUCCAGGUAGAGGACAUUAACGACAAUGCUCCUGCAUUCCUGGGACUUCCGUAUUACGCUGCUGUCCAAGUGGAGGCUAAACCUGGUGUGCCCAUAUUCCGAGUCACCGCCAUGGACCGUGACAAAGGCAUCAACGGAGAGGUGUCUUACUACCUCAAAGACGACCACGGACACUUUGAGAUCGACAGGCUGACGGGCGGACUCCGUCUGAAGGAGGCUUUUGAGUCUGACCUGUCCAACCAGGAGUACCAGAUGGUAGUUUAUGCCAAGGAUGGAGGCGACCCUCCCCUCUCAUCUGCUGUAGAGUUCCCCAUCACCGUGGUGAACAAGGCCAUGCCCGUCUUUGACAAGUCCUUCUAUGCAGUGGCGGUGAACGAGGAUGUAGCGGUACACACGCCUAUAUUAGGAAUCAACGCCACCAGCCCAGAGGGCCAGAACAUCAUCUACACCAUCGUGGAGGGAGACCCCUCUCUGCAGUUUGACAUCGGCUUUGACACCGGAGUCAUUAAAGUCAUCAACUCCCUGGACUAUGAGAUCGCCUCAUCCUUCCGUCUGACUGUCAGAGCCACAGACUACCUGACCGGCGCCCGUGCUGAGGUGGACGUAGAUGUCACAGUUAAUGACGUCAAUGAUAACCCUCCGGUGUUUGAAAAAACAUCCUAUAAGGCAGUUCUGUCUGAGACUGCCAUGAUCGGCACUCCGGCGCUGCAAGUGGUGGCUACCGACCAAGACUCUGAGAAGAACAACAUCGUACACUAUCAGAUCUUCUAUCCCACAGAUGCCUACAACAGCACCGACCACUUCCACAUCGACAGCAGCAGUGGCCUCAUCCUGACCGCCCGCAUGCUCGACCACGAGCUUGUCCAGCGCUAUGACUUCAUCGUCAGGGCAACCAAUAACGGCUUCCCACCACUGAGCAGUGAAGUAUCGGUCGUGCUUGUGGUGAACGACAUGAACGACAACCCUCCGGUGUUCAACCAGCUUCUCUACGAGGCCUAUGUCAGCGAGCUGGCCCCUAGGGGACAUUUUGUGACCUGCAUCCAGGGUUCGGAUGCUGACAGCUCAGACUAUGACAAACUGGAGUACAGCAUCCUGUCAGGAAACGAGAGGAUGAACUUUGUGAUGGAUGGUAAGACGGGUAUCAUCACGCUGUCUGGUCACAGGAAGCAGAGGAUGGAGCCAGCCUACAGUCUGAAUGUAUCCGUGUCUGAUGGGGUGUUCACCAGCACGGCCCAGGUGCACGUCAGGGUUCUGGGGGCCAACCUCUACAGUCCUGUGUUUGAACUGAAUCCCUACGAGGCAGAGGUACGGGAAAAUGCAGCUAUAGGCACAAAGGUGAUCCAGGUGAGGGCAACCGAUGCUGACCCAGGAGUGUUUGGCCAGAUUACCUACUCAUUCAUCAAUGACGUGGGCAAGGACCAGUUCAAUGUGGACGCCAAUGGUCAGAUCACCACCUUGGAGAAGCUGGACAGAGAGGACCCAGCCAACAAGAACAUUUUCCUCAUGGUGGCAGCCCAGGACGGAGGUGGAAGGGCCUCCUACUGCACCGUCCGUGUCUCCCUGGUGGAUGACAACGACAACGUCCCUCGCUUUCGAGCUGUGGAAUACCGUGCUUCUGUCAAAUCUGACGUUGGCAAGGGCUUCCUGGUGACCCAGAUCCAGGCAUAUGAUCCUGAUGAUGGUGCCAACUCUAAGGUGACAUACUCGCUCUACAGCGAGGCACACGUACCCGUGGUGGAUAUCUUAGAGAUUGACCCUGACAACGGCUGGAUGGUCACCAAGGGGAGUUUCAGCCACCUGCGCAACUCAGUCCUGUCUUUCUUUGUUAAAGCAGUUGAUGGAGGCAUCCCUGUCAAGCACUCUUUAGUAUCAGUCUACAUCCACGUCUUGGCAUCUGACGCCCUCAUCCCCUCCUUCACCCAACCCCAGUUCUCCUUUACCGUCCCAGAGGACACCCCUAUAGGAGCUGCCCUAGGGUCCGUCCGCCUCAUCACCCCACCAGGCUACGCCUCGCUGCCAGUCACAUUUGCUCUAGUCAACGGAGAGACCGGGGAGAACAACCUGGAGGGAGUCCUGGUGGUGGACAGGGAAACUGGGGUCAUCAAGCUGGACAAGCCCCUUGACCAUGAGGUCAUCACCUCCUUCCACUUCAAGGUCACUGCCACCGUCCAGCAGGCAAAGCUGGACUCAGUGACCAGCGUUGACGUAGAAGUCAAAGUCUUGGAUGUGAACGACAACAAGCCAGCAUUUGAAUCCAACUCUUACGAGGCGACAGUGAUGGAAGGGAUGCCUAUCGGCACCAUAAUCAUCCAGGUUCAGGCUCUGGACCCAGACUCUGGAGCUAACGGACAGGUUACAUACAACCUAGGCACAUUGGCUCAAUCUGAAGGGGAGCCGGACCAAUCCACAGAGACCUUCACCAUUGACAGCAACACAGGCUGGAUCUCUACUCUCAAGGAGUUGGACCACGAGAUGUGCCCAUCCUACACCUUCCUGGUUGUGGCCUCAGACCUGGGGGAGGCCCUGACCCUCUCCUCCACCUCCACGCUGACCUUGGCCGUGUCAGACAUCAACGACAACCCGCCCAGCUUCCUGGAUGAGAGGUACCUGGGCUCAGUGCGCGAGAGCGACCCCCCUGGCGAGGUGGUGGCGGUGCUCAACACUAGAGACGACGACAGCUCUGCAGUGAACCGCCAAGUCAGCUAUCACAUCACAGGUGGGAACCCUCGAGGGGAGUUUGCCCUGGGGCAGGUGCAAGGCGAGUGGAAGAUGUAUGUGAAGCGCCCGCUGGACCGUGAGGAACAGGACCUGUACCUUCUCAACGUUACCGCUAGCGACGGCCUGUUCGUCACCAGGGCAACCGUGGAGGUGUCUGUGACUGACACCAAUGACAACAGCCCGGUCUGCGACGAGGCUCUGUACACCGCCUCAGUCCCAGAGGAUAUCCCAGUCAACAGAGUGAUAGUGGGGGUUGGGGCCAGCGAUGCUGAUGUAGGGGUCAGUGCUUGGAUCCAGUACUCUCUACAUGGACCGGGCUCUGAAGACUUCAGCAUCGACCCAGACACUGGUGAACUAAAGACAGCCCAGGCCCUAGACCGGGAGAAGACACCCGUGUACAGACUGGUUGCCCAGGCAACAGACGGGGGUGGUCGGUUCUGUCGUGCAGAGGUCCACCUGACGCUGUUGGAUGUGAAUGACAACCCUCCGGCGUUCUCUGCUCCCCACUACACUGCCAGUGUGAAUGAAGACACAUCCACCAAAGCCCUGCUUACACGCAUACAGGCCAUCGACCCUGAUGAAGGUGUCAGUCGUAAGGUGGUCUAUUCUCUGGCCAACUCUGCCGGCGGCUUCUUCUCCAUCGACAAGUCCUCCGGUAUCGUUGUGCUGGAACGUACCCUGGACCGCGAACAGCAACCGUCCUACAUGAUCACGGUCAGAGCGUCCGACCAGGGCUCUCCGGUCCGCCUGUCCUCCCUGGUCAACGUAACCGUCACAGUCCUGGACAUUAAUGACAACCCGCCGGUGUUUGAGCGGCGUGACCACCUCGCCACCGUGCCAGAGGACGUGGGGUUAGGGACGGAGGUGCUGAGAGUGUACGCAGCCAGUAAGGACAUUGGAACCAACGCUGAGAUCACCUAUAGUAUCCGCUCAGGCAACGAGCACGGAAAGUUCCACAUACACCCCCUCACUGGUGCCAUCUCAGUGUCUAAGCCUCUGGACUUUGAGAUGUGUAAAGACUACUUCCUCACUGUGGAGGCCAGAGACGGUGGAACCCCGCCCCUAAGUGCCGUAACCAUGGUAAACAUCAACCUGACAGACGUCAAUGACAAUGCACCCAUGUUCAGCCGAGACGUCUACACCACUGUCGUAUCCGAAGACGCAACCAUCGGAGAGUCUGUCGUCAAGCUGACAGCUGAGGACGUAGACAGUCAGGUGAAUGGGGAUAUCCUCUACUCCAUCGUCAGUGGCGACAAAGAGAACCAGUUCUUCAUAGACCCUCUCUCUGGCAUGGUGAAGGUCAACAAACAGCUGGACAGAGAGACGGUGUCUGGUUACUCUCUGGCGGUCAGGGCUCUGGACAGUGGUGUUCCGCCCAUGUCGUCAACGGUGAUGGUCAACAUCGACAUCUCAGACAUCAACGACAGCCCGCCUACUUUCACCCCAGCCAAUCUCACCACUGUCAUACAGGAGAAUAAGCCCAUCGGCACUAGCAUUCUCCAGCUGUCCGUCAUAGACCAGGACUCCUCCCAUAACGGCCCACCCUUUGAGUUCCGCAUCUUAUCAGGGAAUGAAGGUGGAGAGUUUACACUGGAGUGGGAUGGAACUCUGCUAGCCAAUCAGGUGUUUAGGAGGGACUUGGCCACAGAGUAUGUCAUCCAGGUCCAGGUAAGGGACUCAGGUAAGCCCCGUCUGUCCUCUUCUUCUACCCUGACUGUGCGUGUGAUUGAGGAGAGCCUUCACCGGCCCGUAGCACUACCCCUGGAGGUCCACAUCAUCACCAUGGAGGACGAGUUUCCUGGAGGAGUCAUCGGCCAGCUGCACGCCACUGACGCAGACCCCUACGAUGCCCUGACCUUCGGCCACGCCCCUCCGUCUCAACGCUCCCUCUUUAAGAUCAGUCCGAGAGACGGUAAGAUCAUAGCCCUGGGAGGCCUGGACGCCGGUCGCUACUCCCUCAACGCUAGCGUGAGUGACGGACGCUUCGCCGUGCCCGUGGCUGUGAGCGUGCAUGUGGAGCAGGCAUCGCCAGAGAUGCUGCGCGAGGCGGUGACGGUGCGUUUUGAGAGUGUGCAACCCCACGACUUCGUGGCAACACAUCUAAAAAACGUGGUGAAAGUUCUGAAGGUUGCCGCGGCAACGCAGAAGCAGGACGCGCUGCAUGUGCUCAGUCUGCAGCCCGUGGGCGGGACCAGCCAGCUGGAUCUGUUGGUUGCCGUGGAGACGGCUGGGGGAGGGUUCUACAAGGCAGCGUACCUGACCCAGAAGCUGAGCGCCUCCCGGAGGCAGCUGGAGGAAGUGCUGAGGGUGUCGGCCAUCUUGGAUAAGAACUGUUCUGGGCUUGAGUGUCGUGGGGCCCAGUGUGAGCAGACCAUUGUGUUGGACUCUCACGCUCUCAUCACCUACAGCACACCCAGGGUUAGCUUUGUGUCGCCACGCUUCCACAGGACCACCCGCUGCACAUGCACUGAUGGUAGCUGUUCCCCAGCCUCAGAGUUGUGUGAUGAGCAGCCCUGCCCAGGAGACAUGCAGUGUGUGGGCACAGAGGGCACCAGAGUACCGUACGCCUGCCAGUGUCCACCAGGGAAACUAGGAGAGUGUGCAGGUCACACGUCUCUGAGUUUCUCAGGGAACAGCUAUAUCAAGUAUAAAGUGUCUGAUGGAGGAAGGACAGGAGAGAUGAAGCUGGGACUAAGAAUCAGAACUCUACAGAGCAGAGGAAUCAUCAUGUACACACACUCUGACCCCUGCACUAUACUGAAGCUAGAGGAGGGUCAACUGUGGUUCCAGCUGGACUGUGGGAACAGCCCUGGUAUGCUGGGUAUUUCUGGGAGGCCCAUCAACGAUGGGAACUGGCACACGGUGACUCUGGAGCUCAACCGUAACUUCACCAGUCUGUCUCUGGACGACAGCUAUGUGGAGAGGAGGAGAGGACCACCAAGCUUCCAACCACUAGGGGCAGAUGGGUCUAUCUACUUUGGAGCACAGGUCCAGCCUCCUAACUCUCGCAGCCUGACAGACAAGAAGGGUCCUCGGGUGACGGAUGGUUUCCAGGGCUGCCUGGACUCUGUGAUGCUCAACAACAACGAGCUGCCACUGCAGAACAAGAGGAGUCGCUAUGCCGAGGUGGUGGGCCUGACAGAGCUGAAGCUGGGCUGUGUUCUCUACCCCGACUCCUGCCUGAAACAGCCCUGCCUCCACGGAGCCACCUGCACCAGCAUGCCCUCUGGUGCGUUUGCCUGUAGUUGCAGACCCCAGUACACUGGAGGGCGCUGUGAGACAGAGAUCACAGCUUGCGUUCCUAACCCCUGCCUCAACAGUGGUGUGUGCAAAGCCAUCGGCAACGCUUUCCUCUGCAGCUGCAGGAGAGGGUUCCAGGGAACCACGUGCGAGGAGGAUGUAAACGAGUGUGUGCGGGGCAGAGCCACGGGCGGCGAGGCAGAAUGCGAGAAUGGCGGUGUGUGCGUCAACACGCACGGCUCGUUCUACUGUAACUGCACGGCGGGCUUUGUGGGCCAGCGCUGCGGCCUGCGGCCCGUGGUGGUCCCAGACAUGCAGGCUGGACACGCCGUGCUGGGGAAAGAAGAACUGAUCGGCAUCACUGUUGUCCUCUUCGUCAUCGUCACCCUCAUCAUCCUCUUCAUCGCCUUCCGCAAGAAGGUGUUCCAGAAGAACUACUCCCGUAACAACUUGACGCUGGUCCAAGAUCCAGCAACAGCAGCUCUGUUAAACAAGGCCAAUGGGGUUCAGUUCAAGACCCUGCGCUGCACGCCGGGAGACCCCUUGAACCUGUACGCCGAAGCGGGGCUGUGCGCCACGGUGAUAGGGGGAGGAGCCGGAAUGAUCGGCCCGCCCCAGGUGCCUGUGAGGCCCAUGGCGUACACACCCUGUUUCCAAGGCGACCCACGGUCCACGCUGGAGAAGAUGGCGGACGGGAGAUGCGUGGAACACAAUGAGAUGAGCACCUUCCACCCAGAGUCACCCAGGGUUCUGGGAGGCACGAUGCGGAGGGGGGUGGUGGUGUGCAGCGUGGCACCCAACCUACCACCUGUCUCGCCCUGCCGUUCCGACUGUGAUUCCAUCCGCAAGAGCCCCUGGGACAGCGACGAGGGUAAAAUGGUAGAUAUGGGCGAAGAGAUGACCUGUUUCUCAGGGAGUAACAAGGGCAGCAACUCUGAGGUCCAAUCACUGAGCUCCUUCCAGUCCGACUCUUGCGAUGACAACGCGUAUCACUGGGACACGUCUGACUGGAUGCCCAACUCACGGCUACCCGACAUCGAAGAGGUGCCCAGUUACGAGGUCAGCGGCCUAGGAGGCCACGGAGACAUGGUUGCCUCAGCCUCCCGACUGGGGGGCAGCUCUCGCCUGGGGGGCAGCGCCCGGGAGCUGGAGUCAGACUACUACCUCGGGGGUUACGACAUCGACAGUGACUUCCCCCCUCCCCAUGAAGAGGAGUUUCUGACCCAGGACCAACUCCCUCCUCCCCUCCCCACUCCCUUGGAGGAGUACCAGGGGCACCCCUACGACACCCUUCCCACCACCCAGCCCGCCUCCAAGGAGAGCACCCUGAGUGGGAGUGGUAGUGGCAGCACCGGACACCACAGGUCUCCCCGCCCACACUUCCACCCCAGCCAAUACCUGCCCCCACACCAGCUGCCCCUGGGGGAGGCGGGGCAAGGCGGGCCCGGGGGGGAGGAGUUCAGCACUUUUGUGGGUAGGGUGAUCACGCCGGGAGGCGGGGACAUGGAAGAUAAUGUGUCGCUGAAUAUGAGGUUGUCGGUGAACGCGUCAUCGGCCUCGGACCUGUCGGCGCCCUGCGGCUUUGAUGACUCAGAGGCGGGCGGUAGUGACUUUGACAGUAUGGAUGAGCUCCACCGGGGUGGGACACACACCGUAGAGAUGCAGCAACAGACUGAGGUCUGAGGUCUGACUGGGCCCCACUGUGGGGUCAAGAGUACUGGCUAGGGGACGGGAUGGGCAGGAGAGCAGAACAGAGACUGUUACAGUAGUGUGUCGAGCUGGAGUUAUGAGAGAUGGAGGUCCUUGCUCAGAGAGGAAUGAUUGGUGUAUAAUGGACACACUGCUAGCUAGUGGCUACGUUAUCAAAACAGUACCCACCCUAACCCUUCAACCACUGCCAUUGCAAACACUAACCUUAAAUCAAAUCCAAUUGUAUUGUAUUGGUCACAUACACAUGGAUAAACCACUUCACCCAUUGCAGGCUUUAUCCUUAAACUAGUUUCCCUCAUUCCAAGCCACUACCCUUAACCACCACCCUUAAGAAACUACCCCUUAAGAUAAUGCCAAGCCGCAUACAAUGGAAAGCAAUGUGUUUUGUCACAUUAGUACCUAUAGCUGGUUAUGAUCAUAGCCACUACCCUAGCAGUGGCCCGUGUCAAGGUCAGCUGAGUGUUAUACUCUUCCAUAGCAGGAACAUAAAGCCUACCAGAUAUGCUGAGUAGGAAUGAAAACAAAAAAGUGAAAAAAAUACAAACUUUUAAGAGACAACUCCAGAGAAAAUGGAUGAGCUAAUCAAUAAACAAAAUGUUUGGGGGAAAAUUAAAGGGACAAUAUUGUAAUUGAAUGGUUAGUACUGUGAUAUGGCCUUCUCUGUCAUAGCGGAUGUGAUUGUUAGCUGCACGCUCCACACAGCUCCCCUGUCCCACCUCUCACUACACCUGCUCACCCACAGAGACCCAAUGGACUUUCCCCUAACCACGAUGCAAUCCACUUGGGGGGAAACUCCCCCCUGUCAGAUUUGUGUCUUUUUUCCCCCCUAGUUUUGUUAUUUUAUACAAAUCCGCUCAUACAUAAGCUGUACAGAAUUUGUGAAAUAGUAAAAGGACCAUAGUGGUGCAAUUGAAAUGGAAGAAGAAGAUAUUUUGUAUUAUUAUCCAGUCUAAGAAUGCUAUUUGGAUUGGUGUGGAAUAUGUUUAAUAUUACCCUUAGUCCAGAGACCUCCUCCCCGAAAUCAGGCCUGUGAAGCCAUGAGAGUUGAGCAUUCCUUCUGUCCCACCACAUGCUAAACUGCUAUCCUGCCAAGUCGCUCAUUUUGCUUUAAUGAUGAUAUGAUCUUUAUUGUUUUGCACUAGUAUCUUUUGAUGUUUUAUGUUUUCAUGAUUAUUACAUGAAACAUGCUAUAUUAUUGAAAUCCUCCAAAGGGCAUGAUGAUAAUAUGUCAAUUCUGGGCCUGUGAAAUUAACAUAAUAAGCACUGAGGAAUUUUUGUGUUUGUAAUUGUCUUUUCACAAGUCCCUGAUUUUUAAAUAGACAUUGAAAAUUGGCAAUUCACAUUGAGUGUGCUUGAGCUAUUACAUUUCCCAGCAUGCAGCUCAAUGUCUUUUAUUUGAUUUCCUUCUUCCCAUGUGUUUUGCACUGAGCAGGUUUCAUAGAGUCACUCCAGAAUUUCCCAAAGCCAUAACAGCAAUAGACUGACUGAUAGAUGAGAAGUAGGGUCCAUGCACAAUGCAAAUGCAUUCUGGGAAAAUAAUAUAAUAAUGUAGCAUCCCAUACCAAUCACAGCGGCUAGGCAGUGUUGCAUCAUGGGUCUUGUCAGUUGCAGUGUUACAUUUUGGUUCUGUCUGCUUAAAAAAUAAAAUAAACAAUGGAUGAGUUUUGGACUUGUAUUCUACACAUCUGGACAGAUAACAAAACAGCGUCGUAUUGGACUUGGAGUUGUAUUGGACUUGGAGUUGUAUUGGACUUGGAGUUGUAUUGGACUUGGAGUUGUAUUGGAGUUGUAUUGGACUUGGAGUUGUUUUGGACUUGGAGUUGUAUUGGACUUGGAGUUGUAUUGGACUUGGAGUUGUUUUGGACUUGGAGUUGUAUUGGACUUGGAGUUGUUUUGGACUUGGAGUUGUAUUGGACUUGGAGUUGUAUUGGACUUGGAGUUGUAUUGGACUUGGAGUUGUUUUGGACUUGGAGUUGUUUUGGACUUGGAGUUGUAUUGGACUUGGAGUUGUUUUGGACUUGGAGUUGUAUUGGACUUGGAGUUGUAUUGGACUUGGAGUUGUAUUGGACUUGGAGUUGUUUUGGAGUUGUAUUGGACUUGGAGUUGUUUUGGACUUGGAGUUGUAUUAGACUUGGAGUUGUAUUAGACUUGGAGUUGUUUUGGACUUGGAGUUGUUUUGGACUUGGAGUUGUAUUGGACUUGGAGUUGUUUUGGAAUAUAAUAUGCCUGAUCCAGUCGGGCAAGAUUGUUUUGUAAAAGAUGUAAGUUUGUGUUAAAAUCUUUGUACAGUGUACAUAGAUAGCUAGAUUGUUUACAUGCUGAUUUUGUAGAUAUUGAAUUGCAAUCCUGACUGACUUUCUUUGAGUUUCUUGUGUUUGAUGUGAAUGUGGACCGUAAGAGACCAUGAUAAAUGAAUCAUUUAAUCUCAGCUCCCCUCCUCCGGUCGCAUUUCAACUAAAGUAUUUUUUUUCAUUAACCUUUUGCUUUUAAAGAUAAAUAGCCUUUCAAUAGACUAGGUGGAACUUCCACAGUAUUACAUGUACAAACCCUGCAUUACAUUACAUCCCUGUGGUUUUUCUUUUAUAUCUUUCUCUGGUUUCUGUUCCUUUUUAAUUAUUUCAGGGAGUAUUAAAAUAUAUCUAAUCUAACUGCAGCAAUUGAGUUUACAAAAUGAGUUAUUUUUAACUGCUUUUUUGUUUCUUAAAUCAAUGCUGAAAAUAAAAAAGGUUCUUG